AUGAAAGAGGCCUUAAAACCAGCAAUCGGAAAGUUUGUAGAGAAAACGAGAACGGUGCCAAAACAGAUUGUACUUAUGAGCCUCAUUAUUGCAUUAUUGACUUAUGUUGUCAUGAGUUAUGUCAUGCCCAAAUUAAUGAAUUAUUGGAGAAUUCUGGAUUGGAGGAAACACCAUACAGAGAAGGAUGAGUUGCAACAUAAGCAGAGAUUAAUCAAAUUAAUGGUCGGAAAUGAUACAGAGUCUAGUAGUGUUGGAAAGAAAGGUUGUGACAAAUGUAAAUAUACAUGUGAGACAACAUCAAAGAAAUCCCUCAAGUCAUCGGAAGACACUAAUUACAUUUCUACUACCAAUUUUGACAUUAAGAAUUCAUUCACUCUCUCCAUUGUCAGUUUCAUUUAUUCGACCUUCGUAUACUUGGGUCAACCUAUUCAAGUAUGGUGCUUGGCGAUUAGCUUUGUACAGUUAUUUGUUUUUCAUACUGGAAAAUCUUUCUAUCCCCUUGCCAUAUUUACUAUCUUUAUUGCAGUUGUUGAGACUAAAAACCAAUUAAGCAAAUGGAAAACAGAUAAGGAGAAAAAUGAGAGACCUGUCAAAAUGGCUGAUGGCACUUUCAAACAGAGAGGAGAGUUAAGAUGUGGUGACGAGGUUAUUAUUUCUAUAGGAGAGGAGGUACCGGCUGAUUUAAUCUUAACAGAUAUCAUUGUUGAAGAUAAUAAGAUGCAUACAAGAAAGCCGAUUCUCUACAUGAAUGAAGUGACUGUCACUGGUGAGAACGACCCUGUUAAAAAAAGUUUAUUGACAGAAGAGAUCAAGUCAAUUCGUAUCGAUAACCUGCUGCUAAGAAGUGCAGUAAUCAAUGAGAAAAUUCAUGUCGAUGAGUCAUAUAUUAUAUUUGCAAAUUCAGUUAUUGCAUCCAUUGAUCAAAACAUUAGUUUGAAAGGUAUUGUGGCAUGGUCCGGUACUGAGACAAAGGCACUGCACUCGAGUGGAGCGAACACUUCAAAACAACCAACGCCUUUCCUUGAGUACACAAAUAAGGGAUUUUUCAUUAGUCUGGCCCUAAUGUUGUUCCUUGCAACUGUAAAUACAAUUGCCAGCAUGUUCUUUGGUGUGGAGGGAGGAGAAGAACAUUCCUUUGGAAAGGUAUUAAUCACACAAAUUAUGUUUAUUAACAUGAUGGUACCGCAAGGUUUGGAGCAGUUAAGGACGACCGUCUGCCAUUUGUUAGCAUUUAACUUUAGAAGUAAUGUGAAUUGCAAUAAUCCUCUCUCAGUAGACGUUUUGGCAUAUGUGAAUAGAGUUAUAUCAGACAAGACUGGCACCUUAACUGUGAAUUUGAUGCAACCAAAAUAUACCAUGUUGUUUCUUGAUGAGGAAGCAUCAGAGAUCACCAGUAGCAACGAUUUAGAUAAUUUGCAUGUGGUAUACGAAUCUGGCAUUUCUUGUGAAACAGAUAUUACGAAAUGUCACAAAGCGAAUUGCUUCGCAAUUUAUAGCACUACAGGUGUAGAACCUGAAGAGAGAGCAAUUCGAGAAAUGAUAUCUCCAUAUUCGAGAAUGCUUAGUCAUUGGCCAUCAGAAACUCAAGACAUUGAGCCUGGAAGUGUGGAGUUCUCUGUGUUUGGAACUGACUGUAUUGAGAAGCGCCAUGAAUUGAAAAUUGUCGCAUUUUUCGGAUUUAUUAGAGAAUUUUUAUGUAAAUCUUGCCUCUUCCAAGAUACAGAGACAGGAGAGUAUUUUGUUGGAGUUCAAGCAGGUGAUGAACUCUUUUGGAGAGGAGAGACUGGGAUUUCUACUCAUCCUUCUUCUGAGAAAAAGCUCGAAAAGUGGUCAAGCUUUCAUGAAGUUGAAGACAAGGAUGCCGAAUUAGGACUUGGAGCUCCAAGAACUUGGAGUCAUGGUAUUAAACCAAUUGACGAAUCCGAAGCUCAACACAUCAUUUCACAAUGGAGAAAUAGUUUUUCUGUCCUUGACUUGGAAGAGAGAUUGAGCACCCAAAAGGAAAUUGUGAAGGAAGCAUUGACCAACGUUCGUCUCACCUCCAUCACUCACAUGGUGGAUCGAUAUCGAGAGGGUGUGAAGAGUGGAAUUAAGCAACUCAAUAAGGCCGGCAAACAAUUCUGCAUUUGUACUGGAGAUUCUUUCAAGAAUGCAAAACUAAUUGCCACCCAUUUAUCCCUUCCAAACCACGUUAUCAUUCAAGGAACUAGUGGGGAAGAAUUAAUGAGAUCUCUGGAUAAUGCCGAGGCUGAGGCCAUGAAAGGUUCAUGUACCUUCUUCUUUGAUCGAUCCACAAUGGAGUUUCUGAGAAAUCUCUACACCAACAAUGGAUCCAAAUUUAAGGGACCUAUUUUUGAGAGACUCCUUCUCUUGAUCAAUAUGAAGGGAAAGAAACAACGAUUUCAACACUCACUCGUAUUUUGCAGAUCCACACCUGGUUUAAAACUUUGGUGUGUCAAACUUUUGCAAUAUCACCAUGCUCAAACGUUCGCUCAACAAAUAUUUUACACACGAAAUUAUGUGUUAGCUAUGGGGGAUGGUACCAAUGAUCUACAAAUGUUAAAGGCAUGUGAUAUUAGUUAUGGAAUCAAAUCAGGAGAGACCGAGGACGUGUGUAAACAAACAGAUAUUUGGGCUACCGAGUGGUCUCCUCUGCUGGAUUUAUUAGAAAAGGACGGGUUUGAAAAAGCAGUCAUGCUUGGAACAAUGGUGAAAGCCACCUUUUGGAAACAUUGGUGUUUUGCCUUAACAUUAUGGAGUGAUUUAUUGUUCCAAGGAUUUCCAUUGUAUCCAAGAGAUCCAACCGAACCCAUGCUUAUGCUUGUGUUCAAUGGUGUUGUCUUUGGACAAAUUGCUAGUCACGUAUCGAGUGACAUUGUGUCAGAUUUUUCACAAUUCAGAAAGACCAACAUGAUGAGCAUGAGGGCCUUUUUGCGUUGGGUCGUAGGAGCGAGCGUGACCGCCGUGUGCACUCACUGGAUUAUUCGAUGGUUAUUCCCAAUGGCUAGUUCGAGUCAUUUUGGAGCCUAUGUUCAAGUAUCUCAUGCGGUGAGCAUUACAGUCUACCUUUACCUUACUACAAACACGUGGAGUGACGAUGAAGAUGUUGUGACAUUCAAAAAUCAGCCCGAAAAGUUUUACAAACACUCUUCUCAUCUGAGCAAUAGUGGCCUGUCCUUGUCACCAAGCGUUUCAGCAAUUAGUACGAAUGCCAUUAACACAACAGCUAUUGGAAUGAACAAUGAUGUUGCUCUUGCUAACGCCCCAACAAGACCACAACCAAAAGUGAGCUAUUCUCGAUUAUAUUUUUCCAUCUUGAGUUUUGUGGUUACUUUUGCAGUUUCCAUGUUUAUUUACAGACAUGUAGAGGAUACAAUUUCAAAAGUAACAGCACUUGCCAUUGUCAUUCCAUCACUUGGUUAUCCUACUCUGUACUUGCUCAAAUGUUUUAUGCAUGACGUUCCUUUCAUUGAAAAAUCAAUUCGAUUGCUGUGGGAUUUGAGAUUUAACGAAAUUUUGAUCAGUUUUGUAAAGUUUUCUCAUACCCCUCAUAUGCGAGUAUUACCAAUUAUUGGAUUUUCGUUAAUUAUCAAGAUAUUGAGUGGAAUUCCUGUGCUGGGAGCAGCCUUUGUGAUGGGCAUGAGUGUGGUGGCAACUACUUUUACCUUCUUAAUCUUUGUGAGUAAGAUGGGAUUUUUAAGGGCACUAUUGGACGGUAGAAGUGUUGCUGUUGGUUUGAUUUGCUUUUUGAUUGGUAUUUGGGUUGGAAGAAGUACAUGCUCUGUGAAAAUUUAA